AUGACGUAUUUCCGCCCGCCGCACGCUACAGGUGAUGAUGUGACGGUGCGCGUGUCCGCGGGGGGGGGGGGCAUCUAUAUACAAGCCGCCCGCACCGAGAAGGCCACGGACUCCUCGGCGGCCUCCUGCUCGCCUCCCCGGAUCCACGCCGCAGGAGGGACGCGCUCUCCGGGUGAAAUGAAAAACGGCCUGAAGGAGGAGGAGGAGGAGGAGGAAGGAAACCUGGACAACAAGGUGGACGCUUCUCACCUGGAGAGGUUCAUGAAGGACCGGAGGAAAGCCCGGUCCCUGCCCGCGUACCCGGCUGCGCUCUUGGCCGGCGUCCCCGGGAGCAACGGAGGGAAGCACGUAAAGUUCGCCGACUCCAUGGGGCUGAACCUGGCCAGCGUGAAGCACUUCAGCGCGCUGGAGGAGCCGCGGAUCCCCAGCAAGGUCCUGUCCCGGCACAGGAGCUUCCCGCCGCCGCAGGACUUCCUGAACGACCUGUGCCAGAGCUUCAAGUCCAGCCUGGACACGGACCGGCUGGUGGCCUGCUUCCCAGAGCCGCGGGACGCGGAGCGGCGCGUCCAGCGGCUCCGCGUCUGCCUGGAGAAGGUCGUCAUCACCCAGUUCGACCUGCGGGGCCAGAUCCGGGUCCGGACCAGCUGCACCAACAAAGAGGUCGGACUCAGGUACACGUUCAACGACUGGCUCUCCUACGUGGACGCACAGGCUCUGCCCGGCGCCGCGGACCGGCCGGGGGGAGAGGGGGAGCGUUUCGGCUUCACCGUGUACACGCCGCCCUUCAUGGACCCCAGCUCGGCCGUACACUUCGCCGUGUACGUGCGGAGCGAGGAGGGGGAGUUCUGGGACAACAACGAGGGGAGGAACUACACCCUCCGGUACCGCUGCAUGCCCGGCACGUCGCCGCGUUUCGGCGCCGCGUUCGACGCCUACUGAGCCCGCGUAAAACCUCCAAAUCUCUCCACCCAACCUACAACUCUGUGCGUAAAACCUCCAAAUCUCUCCACCCAACCUACUACUCUGUGCGUAAAACCUCCAAAUCUCUCCACCCAACCUACUACUCUGUGCGUAAACCUCCAAAUCUCUCCACCCAACCUACUACUCUGUGCGUAAAACCUCCAAAUCUCUCCACCCAACCUACUACUCUGUGCGUAAAACCUCCAAAUCUCUCCACCCAACCUACUACUCUGUGCGUAAACGCGGUUAUGUCGCGCACGCCGUGUCCCACCUGCUUAAUGACACUUUUUGAGGUCAGACAACUUGUGUUUAGUCAGAAGUUGACAUUUAGUUUCUCUUCUAUUGGUUCAAGUCUCAUGGCAACAACACAGUGGACAUUUGGGCUUUUGGAUGGGGCACAAGGUUGGUGGUUCGAUUCCAGACUGGCUCAUGUUCCAUGUCGAAGUGUCCCUGAGCAAGACACCUGACCCCUAAUUGCUCCCCAGGCAAAAAUGUGAAAAGCCAUGAGUUUAAAGUGUAAUGUAAGUCGCUUUGGAUAAAAGCGUCUGCUACAUGACCUGUAAUGUAAUGUAAUGUGAUGUAAUGUGAUGUAAUGGAUGGACCUUCAUUGAGGACUUGCUGGAGUAAAACGUGCCUCGCUUUCACUGCUGCUCUGUGGACCAGAACCCGGAUGUAGAACAUUGUCCAAAUAAGAGGCGAUAUGUUUCUGGGCGUGGCUCAUUAAUGAGAAUGUGAUUGGUGUAAAGAAUCUGAUCUCUGAACGUUUGUGUGGACGAUGAAGUGUUUUGACAAAAUGAACAAUCAAUAAACUCUUCUGAUGGA